UUACUAUUGGCAGAAACAUGAACGAGCGAGCAACUAUAUUUCUUUUCGCCCCUAAGAGAAAAUCUGACUUCUCUCCGUCCUCACAUCAACAACAGUCAGUACUACAAAAGGUUACGUUGCUAUCAUCAUUGCUAUCAUUGCUACGAUCUUGCUCGAGAGCUUCAUUUUAUACUGAGCAUUCAUUCUUACGAGGAUUCCAAGAUUCGUCAACUUCAACGUUGUUCCACCAGAGAAACCAGGUCAAUUCAUACCAGUUCACACUGACAACCCAGCCGAAGAAUCAGACUGAGAACCACGAUCCUCUAGCAUUAUUCUACGACAUCUAACCCUUCUUGAGUAGCAAAGCAGAGACCACAAGCAAUUCCUUGCUAGCUUUGCUCUAUUUUACACAUACGCUGUCGAACUACACUAUACACAUAUCCAAGCAGAACUAAGGAGCAAUGGCACCACACACAAACGUCCUGAGCCUCUUCACAAUGCUCGCCACAACCUCCCUUCUCGCACUAGCCCAAGAGCCACCAGUCCCCUCCCCCAUCCCCUCACCAAUUUUCGCCAAUGUUACCAUCCCAACCACCCCAACCAUCGUCACCGCCGACGACGGCAGACCCGGCCCCGCGGACCCAAUCCCAGGCAAGCCCGGCCCCAACCUACGCAUCAUUGACGACAACCCAGUCUACAAGUACGUAGGAUGCUGGUCUGAAACCACACCCGUAACCCCAGAAGUCCACGCUCUGGAGGGACCAUACCUCACCGUCCCCGGGUUAAUGAAAGUCUCCGCAUGUCUAGGCUUCUGCUCAAUGUCGCACAACAAGCACGACCCCACUGGCGAGAAAAAGGGGUACCGCUACGCGGGCCUCGAGUUCUCGCGUGAAUGCUGGUGCGGCGAUACGUUAUCUGAGCAUAGUUUCCAUCUUGUGGAUUCGGCUUGUGAUACCCCCUGUGAUGGUGCGAAUACUACCGCUUGUGGUGGACAUCUUGCGCUUACCUUGUACAAUAUCACGGAGAAGACUCCUGGUGAUGGGAAUGAUGGUGGGAAUGGUAACAAUGGGGGAAAUGGAAAUGAUGAUAACGGGGAUAAGCCUGGUGAUGAGAAGCCUCCUUCUGAUCAGGCUGUUUUACAAGCUGUGAGUGUGGGUGUUCUGGUUGUUGCUGUUACUUUUGCUUUGGGAUGGGGAUGCCUAUAGAGGCGUAUUGAAGAGUUGCAUGAUAAGGGAACUUUAUGUUGAUGGGACGGGGGCUUGAUUACCACACUAUUCUCUGACGGAGACAGCGUUUGAGUUGUUUUUCAUUUUCGCUGCUUUCUGAGUUCGUCGUCUAGAGGUCAAAGUUUGCGGCACUCAUAGCGUUGUUUUCGAAAUUCAUUAUACUCGGAGGAAUUAUGGAACGGGAGAGGAUGAAGUUGAGAUGUAUGGAUUCAAGGAAUGGAAUGAAUGCUGGAUCGUCCCGGAAAAGCGUUAGCUGGAAUAAUUUAAAUCCACCACCGUUAAACUUGAAAACCCGGUCUUAUUAGAU